GGACAGUAGUUUGGAGAGCAUGUCGUUAAUUUUGCAAACCGUGCAGCCACUUCACAAUUCAUCCGAUGGCUUACUUCGCUCUCUCGGUUUUUUUUAGAUUUCGAGCAUGCUUUAACAUAUCGGACUGACUGGGACUUGUGCUUAUUUUUUGUCGGUUUUUAACGGGACUUGGAUCGGUUUGAAGCGUUACAGCCGGAGAGACAUGAGAGCUAGAAAACUUCGGCGCCUCAGGAUGGACGUACCUGUCCUAAUUUUGCUUAUCCACCUCACUCAGACUGAGACGAGAGCUCUGCUGGGCAGCAAGCAGGAAGUCGAUGAUGGAUGCCCGCUCGGCCAUUUUCCAUGUGGGAACAUGAGUGACUGCCUCCCGCAGGCUUUGCAGUGCAACGGACACAAAGACUGUCCCAAUGGAGCUGACGAGCGCCGCUGUUGGGACAACUACGGAUGGGCUGACUCAUUUGGUCGUACCCUACAGGAUGCCAAACGUGUGGACCAGUACCUGCUAAAUGAGUGUUUGUUGCAGGAGUAUCCAGACAGUUGUGACUGCACACGGACAGAUGUGGUGUGUGUGGCGGUGAACCUGCAGGAUGUUCCUCUUCUCUCUCCUAACGUUACCUGGCUGUCACUGAAGAGCAAUGAGAUUCGAGUGUUGUCUGAUUUUGUUUUCUCAGAAUACUCUUCCCUCGAGAGACUAUAUCUGCAAAACAACAGCCUCCAGUUCGUAUCCAAAGACGCCUUCAGCGGCCUGUACAGUUUGAAGAGGUUGUUUCUCAGCGAAAACUUGAUAUCCUCCCUGAGUCCGGGUGUGUUCAGCGAUCUCCACAAAUUAGAGUGGCUGAUGUUGGAUCAUAACCCACUGAGCAUCCUGUCCCAGGACACUUUCAUGGGGCUCCAGUCCCUGACGUACCUAUCCAUGGUGGGCACCUCGCUGCAGCAGCUUCCACACCCGAGCUUCUGUCAACACAUGCCUGCCUUGGACUGGCUGGAUCUUGAAGGAAACCAGAUUCAGAAUCUCAACCACUCAAUCUUAAAGUCCUGCAGCAAGCUUGAAGUUCUAAUUCUGAUGGACAACAGGAUCAGAAGUAUUCCUGAAAACACUUUCCAGUCCCUGUGGAAACUGGCUGACCUAAAUCUGUCCGGCAAUAAGAUCAAGGAUUUGCCGAAAAACACUUUUAAGAGCCUCUCCAAGUCCCUCCUGAAACUAAACAUCUCCCACAAUCCCCUUCUCCACAUUCAUCCCAGCCACUUCAACCACCUGACACAUCUUCAAUCCCUGGCUCUGGAGGGGAUGGAGAUCCCAGGAAUUCUGACGAAGAUGUUUCUGCCUAUGAAGAACCUCUCCCACAUCUACUUUAAGACAUUCCAGUACUGCUCCUAUGCACCUCAUGUCAGGUCCUGUAAGCCCAACACGGACGGCAUCUCUUCCUUUGAGGACCUGCUGGCUAACGUAGUGCUGCGGGUGUCUGUCUGGGUGAUGGCCUUCAUCACCUGCUUCGGAAACGUCUUUGUCAUCUGCAUGAGGUCACUGAUACGAGCAGAGAACAACUUGCACGCUGCCUGCAUUAAAGUCCUCUGCUGUGCAGACUGCCUCAUGGGUGUGUACCUGUUUUUUGUUGGAGUGUUUGAUGUGAAAUUUCGCGGCCAGUACAACCGUAACGCCCUGAUCUGGAUGGAGAGCGUGGAGUGUCGGACCAUUGGAUUCUUGGCCAUGCUCUCCUCAGAGGUGUCUGUUCUCAUCCUGACCUACCUGACUCUAGAAAGAUUCUUGGUCAUUGUCUUCCCAUUCAGCAAUCUACGCCCAGGCAAACUUCAGACAGUGUUGGUCCUGGCCUUUAUCUGGCUCCUGGGGUUUAUGAUUGCUGCUGUGCCCCUAAUGAAUGAGGACGUGUUUGGAAAUUACUACGGACGUAAUGGGGUCUGCUUUCCCCUGCACUCUGACAGGCAAGAAAAACCUACUGCCAAAGGAUAUUCAACAGGGAUUUUCCUGGGUCUGAACCUGGUGGCAUUCCUGGUGAUCGCCUUCUCAUACUCCAGCAUGUUCUGCUCCAUCUAUAAAACCGGCAUCAAUGCCACCGACUUGAGGAGCAGACUGCACAGAGACGUGGCUGUGGCCAACAGAUUUUUCUUCAUAGUGUUCUCUGAUGCCCUCUGCUGGAUCCCCAUUUUUUUGGUCAAAGUGCUGUCACUAUUGGAGGUUGAGAUGCCUGGCACCAUCUCCAGCUGGGUAGUCAUCUUCAUACUCCCCAUCAACAGCGCUCUGAACCCCAUCCUGUACACCCUGACCACCAGCUUCUUCAGAGAGCAGGUGGAAGGCUUACUUUGUCAUUGGCAGAGAAGACACACCUUUAAAAAAGACCGCAAAAGCCUAACUUCCUCCACAAUCUUCGCGGAGUCUGCGCGGCCUCCUUGCUGCCAGCCACCCUCCUACCUCCAGCAGGUGUGUCUGACGGGCGCAGAUCCCCGCUACGCCUGAGGGAAGCAGAAUCUGUUAUGGCACUUUGUAAACUACUGGUCAAGGGCCAAUUGCUGGUCAUCUUUACACUUGUACAUGACAAUAGCACUGAUUUAAUGAGACUGGCAGGAACUGGAGCAGGAUUAACAAUCCCUGAUCUUUAUGGUCUGUAUAUAAAAAAUGCUAACAUUUCAACCUUUUUGUGAAAAGGGUUUAUGUGUUGCUCAAAGUCACUUCCACGUGCACUCGGAGCCGGGGAUCAAACCAGCAACCUUUCCAUUUUUGAAUGAACCUCUGUAUAACUUCAGCUGAGUUGCACUCAUGCUUGCCUGCUUCUGCGGCACCUACAUAAGAUGUUGUUCCACGUAAGGGUGCCGUAAAGUGGAGAUAAAAAUCACAAUGGAAAAGGCAGAAAGAAUAAAUACCAGCAUGUAUUUCUGCCGCCCCGAGGACAAUCACAAUGGACUUAAAAUGUCUUACGUCUCGGAAGAGAAGUGCUUAAUGUAUAGUACUUUUAUCGAACAAAUAUAUCAGAUUUUGCACUCAUCCCUGAUUAGAUUUUAGAUCUCAGAAACAACUUUCUCUGAGGUGACUUAGGGAUGCAGCUUACUAAGUCUCAGAUGUGAUACUUUAAAGACACUGACCAAAGAAAAGGUUUCAGAGAUGAAUGGUUUCAAUCUUACAAAAAAAUGAAAUGAUUCGAUUGGAUCUUUCUUGGACCGGUCUCGAUUGCAUAAACUAAAUCUGUUUUUUGCACAUCAGUGGUCGCAUUGGUUUUUAUUUAGGCUUGAUUUGUGAUCAUGCGAGAUUGUAAAAUGAAUGCAACAAAUUACAUUUAAUUCGUAAAACAAAUCAGAAAAUGAAACGUUCAUUACACAAAAACUAUUUUGACACACAACAUGAUAGCUAUCUGAUAAUAGUCAUAUUUCAAAAUAAUUGCUCCUUUAACUUAUUUUUCUACAGGUUUAUAGGGAAUGUAGUGAGAAAGACUGACAACUUGAACUGCACGUUUUCAUUUGAAUUGGAAAAUGCAAUUGCCAUGGAGAUUUUUAUUGAAUUAGGCAGGAUUAUAAUAACAUACAAUGCACUUUAAAUACAAGAGAAUCCAGUCAAUGGGAGGGAAAGGUAUAAACCAUCGACAUCAUUAAAUGAUGUGCAUCAGCUUUGUGUGCAGCUAUCUUCCUGUUCCCCACACAUUUAUGUUCCAAUGUAAAUAAGUGUUAUAUGAAAGUUUCCUUAAUUGUUUGUUAUUAAAUGCCAUUUUGCUUAAUGCAUGUACAGUAUUUGUUUUAACUAAUAAUGAAGCAAAACCAAUAUGUUGCCAUUUCUUGUCAAAUCAAACUUUUAUUGUUCAGACCUCCUGAAUGCGUCCCUGACCUGGACUAGAUUAAAACGUGUGGUCAAAGCAUGUCCAUAGGAGGGAUUUGAUCUGUUUAAUUUAGAUUUGUUGUCUCUGUACUUGUGAGACUUUGUUUAACGUCUCUAUUUAUACUUUUUGAUACUGAUAUAGGCUAUGAUAUGCCUUUUGUUGUUGUUGCUGCCUUUAAACAGAUGUUUUGACAAUCAUCAACAACCAGAUAAUGGUUAAAGAAGAACUAGAAAAGAGAGUUCUACUUAUUUUACUACUAUUUACUUGAGUUAAACGCCAAGGAUUGGAAAGUAAGGACUAUCAUUUCCUAUCACGCUGUGCAUAUGCCUAUAUAUUUUGUACAGUAGAGUUCUCAGUUGUAUGUUCUGUAUACUGUAUAUUAUGUGGUGGAAAUUGUGCAACAAGCUAUUCAAAAAGUUGUUCUUCUGAUCAACUAGAUUGAUCUAUUUUUGUUUUGCAUGUAAGACUCUAAGAUUGUUUUUAGUUAUAUAGGAAUAUUGCGUCCUUUCUCUUAAAAUCAUAAUUUCCUAUUUACUGUGUUUGUUGGAGUCAGGUUUGUGAAAUAGUUGUUUAUUUGUUUCCUCACAAAAAAAAAACCAGAACACAAAAACCAGAACACGUUUGAAUUAUAUAUUAACACGUUAACUUGAUCGGAGCCUCAAGCUAUUUACAAAACAAGCUAUACACACAAACAAUAAAAUGUGCUGAGUGAGUAAUUCUGUUCGAAAAUUAUGAAGCUCUAUAAAUGUACCGAUAGCUAAAGCACUGAAGCAUUGACCGACUUCCCUGAUUUUUUGAAAGCUGAAACAUUAAAGUUUUCUAUUCAUAAACCAAACUAAAUGGACAUCUACUUGAGUAUUAUCAUUGAAGCAAUUAGUCUCAACACUAUAUGCUACAUGCUAUCAAAACCUUAUCAGAGUUGAUAGUUGUUUAAAUAUGGAUGUGUGAUGAAAACAAGCCAAUGACAUAGAAAAACAGAUUUAAAGUAUGCAAUAUGAUAGUGUGGAAUUCGUAAAAAAAUUA